CGCAAGAAAGUUGCAAUAAUGGAAUCUGAUCAAGAGGAUGAAGUUCCAAACGUUAAUUUUGUGCCAAGCUUACUGUUUGUGAAGCGUGGCGUUGCCAAAGCCAACCCAGAUAAGGUUACAUUAACACCAGCAGAGCUAGCGAGAAUCAUCAACGAAACCAGAGAAGACCUGGAAGACGAUGGAGCCGAGGGCAUGGACACGUCCGAUGAUGAAGAAAAUGAAGAUAGCCAAAGCGGAUUAGCUGAAAGAGCGAGCAGAUUGGCUGCAAAUAAUCCCGAGGGCACAAAUGAAGUUGCUGAUGAAUAUAAUUUCGAUGGUUACGAGCAAGAAACCGGAACGAGCGGUUUGCAUUUGAGUACGGUGGCUGUUAUUGAUCCAACGGAGAACAUCCAGGACGAUGAAGAUUCGGAUGCUGAAGAUGAAAUUAUAAAACCUACCGACAACCUAAUUCUGGUGGGGCACGUGCAGAAUGACAGUGCUUCGAUGGAAGUAUACAUUUACAACGAGGAGGAAGGAAGUUUGUACAUCCAUCACGACUUUUUGCUGCCGAGUCCUCCGCUGUGCAUUGAAUGGCUUAGCUUUGAUCCGGGAAGCGAUAAACCGGGCAAUAUGUGCGCCAUCGGGUGCAUGGAACCGAUCAUAACGCUGUGGGAUUUGGACAUUCAGGAUUCGAUCGAACCGGUGUGUAAAUUGGGUUCGAAAGGCAGCAGAAAGAAAAACCUGCCAAAGCUAGGCCACACCGAUGCCGUGUUGGAUAUUUCCUGGAACAAACAUUUGGAGCAUAUUCUUGCUAGCGGAUCGGUGGACCAAACAGUGAUACUCUGGGAUCUGGAGGAAGGCAUUCCGCACACUACAAUUCGCGAUUUUGAGGAGAAGGUGCAAACGCUAUUAUUCCAUCCGAAACGCGCUGAAACGCUUUUGGCCGGAAGUUGUGAUGGUAAGGUGAAAGUGUUCGAUUGCCGCUCGACUACGGACGAAAGCAGUAGCUACAAAAAGUGGGAUCUUGGAGGUGAAGUAGAGCGUGUAUGUUGGGAUCACUUCAACGAGUACUGCUUCGUGGCCAGCACGAACGAUGGAAAGGUACACUACAUCGACAGCCGCCGGGAGGAACGUCCACUGUGGACAAAGGAAAUGCACGAGCAGGAAGUGACGGGACUUGUGCUUAGCGGACAGGUGAAGGGAAUGCUUUCGACCGCCUCGGCUGAUGGUUCGCUGAAGGUGUGGGACAUUGAUGAACAGGACGCUCGUAUGGUGUACAAGAGGAAUCCUAAGAUUGGUGUUAUUCAAUGUCUGGAUGCCUGCAACGAAAGUCCCUUUACGCUGGCCUUGGGUGGUGAUUUGAAAACGAAGAACUUUUGUGUCGUCAACUUGCUGGACAAUGAUGUUGUGUCGAACGUUUUCAAAUCCAGAUACACGGGAAACCAAGCGACCAACAGCAUUGAACCUCUGGCAGAGGAUAUGGAAGAUGCAAGCAUCGCAGAUGAAUAAAGCAUCGG